ACUAACAAAACCAACCACUUGUCGCUCAAAUUUCACUGCUACUCUGUGUCUCUCUCACACUGCAGCAGCAUAUGCUAAAAGAUUUACCUUACAGAGAAAAAAGAAUGAGGCCACAAAUAGUGUUAUUUGGAGAUUCAAUUACAGAGCAAUCUUUUAAAUCAGGUGGCUGGGGUGCUUCUCUUGCUGACACUUAUUCCCGCAAGGCUGAUGUGUUAGUUCGUGGCUAUGGUGGUUACAACACUAGAUGGGCUCUAUUCUUGUUGCAUCACCUUUUCCCUCUUGGAUUGGCUAAACCUCUAGCUGCUGUCACUGUAUUCUUUGGGGCUAAUGAUGCUGCUCUUAAAGGGAGAACUAGUGACAGGCAACAUGUCCCUGUUGAGGAAUACAAGGAGAAUUUAAGGAAAAUUGUGCAGCAUGUGAAGGAGUGCUCGCCUACUGUAUUAGUUGUGCUUAUUACUCCACCUCCAAUUGAUGAAGAAGGGCGUUUUGCGUUUGCCAGAUCUUCAUAUGGCGAAAAAGCUAUGGAACUGCCAGAAAGGACAAACGAAAUGGCAGGAGUUUAUGCAAGGCAAUGUGUUGAGUUAGCAAAGGAACUAGGUAUUUACUCCAUUGAUAUAUGGUCCAAGAUGCAGGAAAAGGAGGGCUGGCAGAAAAAAUUUCUGAGUGAUGGAUUGCACCUGACACCAGAAGGUAAUGCAGUGGUAAGUCGAGAAGUUAUCCGAGUAUUCAGUGAAGCAUGGCUCUCUGCUGCAGAAAUGCCAUUUGAUUUUCCGCACCACUCAGAAAUUGAUGGAAAGAACCCUGGAAAAGCUUUCCAACAGCGAUGCCUAUAGCAUAUAGAGGAAUUUCUCUUUUGCAAAUUGAGUUAGGUCCUUUUUACAAUGUGGUCCGAAAAAUUUAUGUUUCUGUACAAUCAAGUCGAGGCUUGAUAUGUAUAUUUUCUUCUUCUUUUUUUCAA